AUGCAAGUUCAAACCACUGACGGAUUUUUAUUAAACCUCGAUGAUGUUGUUGUUGAAAAUUGUCUGCACUUACAAGACAAAAAUAUCACCCCUCCUAAAGAGUCCUUGAAAUUGAAGGGGGUAAAGCUGGAUGUUAUGAAGACGAUAAUUGAAUGGUGCAGAAUGAGCACCAAUCGUGAGAUAUUCGACAUACCUGAAGGUGAAUCGAGAGAAUGGAGAUGGAGUCUGGCGAAGUGGAACUCCGACUUUUUGCUUGAAAACCGGGGACAGCUCAUCGAACUCACACUUGCGGCAAUUGAACUUGGUUCCAACAGGCUGAAGGAGUCCUGCUGCUUGGCGAUAGCGAUGGACAUUCGUGAAAAUGGCUCGGCCAGUAGUUUUUUGGGAUCUGUAAUAGAUGCCUAA